AGGUUAAUGCUUCUACUGUGUCGCCCAAUGCUGCCCCCACCCACGCACUUUGACAGUCUGACCACCCUCUGUCACUCUCGCCGGCUCCGAACUGAAAACAUCAACAAAAAUACAUAAGACUUAUGUAUCACUUAGUGAUCGCCAGAAAAGAAGUUGCUCCGGUGAUAUAAUUAAUUGUACGUGAAUAUUGUGACUUUUAUAGGUACUAAUAUGUACAAUCGAUUAUGUACUGUUAAUCAACGGUUAACUCAAGCAAUCCUAUUCAUACGACACGCUUCAAAUGCAGCUAAAGAUUCCACCUUAGCCCAGAACUAUUGCAUGAAUCUGGUCAGGCAAUACGACAAGGAGAACUUCCUGUGCACAUUGUUGCUGAAAAAUCCCGAACGGCGGAGCGCUUUGGCCAUCCGGGCGUUCAAUGUGGAAAUCGCGCGCAUUACCGGAACCGUGUCCGAUGAUAAAAUCGGCCAAAUGAGGCUGAAGUUCUGGGAGGACACCAUCGACAAGCUGUUCAAGAAUGAUCUGAAGCACGUUCCGGAGCAGCCGGUUAUCCAGGAGCUAAAGAACGUAAUUGAUGGCCAAAACAAGCUAACGAAACGGUACUUCCAGCGAUUGAUUUCCGCUCGGUUGAAUGCCAAUUUACGAUUUGUGACCACGAAGCAGAUGGAGGAAUAUGCGGAGAACUCCGUUUGCAGUGUGCUUUAUUUGCUGUUGGAGGCACACGGAGUGCGAAAUGUCCACGCGGACCAUGCGGCUUCCCAUCUGGGUAAAGCGCAAGGAAUAGUCAACCUGUUGCGUUCGAUUCCCUACCAGGAGCGGAGGAACGUGGUUCCGGUGCCGCAGGAAGUGCUCAUGCAGCACGGAGUCAGCCAGGAACGGGUGCUGCGGAAUCGCAAAGAGGACAAAGGAGUGGAAGAGGUGAUCUUCCAGCUGGCAGGACUGGCUCAUCAGCAUCUGGAGAAGGCGCGGAAAUUGGCUGCAUCGAUACCCAAGCAAGCGAAGCCGGUUCUUUUGCCCGGGGUGGCCACUGGGCGGUAUCUGGAGCGACUGAGGAAGGCCAAUUUUCACAUAACGGAUUCGCGAUUAUUACAAAAAGACGCGAUGCUUCCACUUGUUAUAUACUGGAAUCACUUUCGAGGAAAGUUCUAGUCAGGUAUGUUUGAAAAAUUACAUUAUUAGGAAUUGUUA